AAUAGUUUUAUCUGUACUUUAGUUACCGGUGAUGCUAAUUUGAUUGAUUUUCACUUCGCGUAAUUUUUUUUUUUUUUUUUUUUUUUUUUUGCGUUGUAGUUAGUAGGUUAUAUAAGUUCUCUUCAAGUAUAUUAUCAUCGGCGAUACCGGAGUUGGAAAGUCAUGUCUUCUUUUGCAAUUUACUGACAAACGGUUUCAACCAGUCCAUGACCUGACCAUUGGGGUUGAGUUUGGGGCUCGAAUGAUCACAAUCGACAACAAGCCAAUAAAACUACAGAUCUGGGACACGGCUGGUCAAGAGUCAUUCAGAUCCAUCACAAGGUCAUAUUACAGAGGUGCUGCUGGCGCAUUACUUGUUUAUGAUAUUACAAGGAGGGAAACAUUUAAUCACCUUGCUAGUUGGUUGGAAGAUGCAAGGCAGCAUGCAAAUGCAAACAUGAGCAUAAUGCUGAUAGGAAACAAGUGUGAUCUGGCUCAUAGAAGGGCUGUAAGCACAGAAGAAGGUGAGCAGUUUGCCAAGGAAAAUGGCUUGAUAUUUAUGGAGGCCUCUGCUAAAACAGCUCAGAAUGUUGAAGAGGCUUUCAUCAAAACAGCCUCAACAAUCUAUAAGAAAGUACAGGAUGGAGUGUUUGAUGUAUCGAAUGAGUCCCAUGGAAUAAAAGUUGGAUAUGGAGGCAUUCCUGGGCCAUCAGGUGGAAGAGAUGGAGCUGCUUCUCAAGGAGGGGGUUGUUGCACUUGAAAGUGGAAAAUCAUUCUUCAAAUUUAAUUGUGUUCUUAUCGUCUAUAUGCCAUCUUCACGGGUCUUUCAUUCUUAUCUUUGCGAGGUUUAUUUGAUUUGUUUUAGUGAUGCUAUAUGUACAAAAAUAAGCAAAAUUCAGUAAACAGUGGACAGUCAUAUUUGUACUCCCCGUGUAUAAUAUUCCACAUUAGCAAAUGUGAAUAGAAUUCCGUA